AUGACUUCUACUGUUAAUCUUAGCGCCACUAUUUACAAUGCAGUUAAAAGUGGCGUGAAAAAUGCUUCAUGGACAUUUUUUGUUUGUAGAACGAGCAUCGAGCUGAUAAGAGAUUUACUUAAAGUUUCACCUAAUAACCUACAUCAGUUUGAUAUCAUAAAUGAUAUAAAAACAGAAUUGUCAUCACGACUUUUAGUUCCUGAAAUCAUCGAUAUUAUCACAGAAUGUAAAUUAUUACAUCAGAGAUUAAAGUUGGAGUUGAAACUACUCAUGAAUGUUACAUCAAAUCGUAUGAAUUGCAUUGACAAUGUUUAG